UACUGAAAGAGUGAUGGGCGUGUGUUAGUUGGUUAAUGAGUACUCAUAUUUCUUUUCAUCUUCUUCUGCAUUGGAAGGAACCCUAAUCUAUCCCUUAUCGAUCGGAAUCAAUGGAGGGAAUGCUGUCCGCGAACGAGCAGGAGAGCAUGGUGUCUUCGUUCCUUGAGGUGGCUCAGGGCCAGACUGCCGAGACUGCGCGCCAGUUCCUCCAGGCUACCAGUUGGAAGCUUGAGGAGGCUCUUCAGUUGUUUUUGAUAGGUAGUGAAAGUGGGGCAGUGCCGCCUCCAACUUUGCACACUCCGCCUUUGGAAAAUAUUGAUUCCUGGACUGACCAACCUCCCAGUGAACCUAUGAAGGACCCAACGGGGAGUGAAAGUGUUGUUGGACUUAAUGAGGCGGAAGAAGUGCGCCCUCCCUUACCUGUAAUAAGGGAAACUCUCUAUGAUGAUGCAAUGCUGUAUGGAGCACCAAGGGUUGGGCAUCGUUCACAAGAACCAAGCACCCUAGUUGCAUUUCGUAACUUUGAAGAAGAAAUGAGAAAUCCAGGGGUUUGGGAGCCAGAGNAAGGUGCUGCUUCUACAGCAGAGACUUCUCGAGACAAUCUUGCUUCACUUUAUCGNCCACCAUUUCAUUUGAUGUUCAAUGGUCCUUUUGAUAAGGCAAAAGAUGCCGCUUCCCUGCAGAACAAAUGGUUGUUGGUGAACAUACAAUCUACCAAGGAAUUCAGCUCCCAUAUGCUAAACCGUGAUACUUGGGCCAAUGAAGCUGUUUCUCAGACUAUUAGUACAAACUGUAUAUUCUGGCAGGUAUAUGAUGAUACAACUGAAGGCAGAAAAGUCUGCACUUACUACCGACUGGAUUCAAUUCCUGUUGUACUUGUUAUCGAUCCCAUCACUGGUCAAAAGAUGCGCUCUUGGAUUGGAAUGGUUGAACCCGAAAGCUUAUUGGAAGGUCUACUAGCAUUCCUUGAUGCAGGGCCUAAGGAUCAUCAUAUUACAUUGUCUCACAAGCGCCCUAGAGGAAGUUCUAGCCCACCAAAAUCUAAAGCCUUGGUAGAAUCAAAUGAAAAUAAAGAGGAGGACGAGGAAAUUCAAAGAGCUCUGGCAGCUUCUAUGGAAAGCAUGAAAGAAUCAACUGCUAUGGCUGGUACAGAAAAUAAAGAUGCUGAUGUUGUAGUCAAUGGGCAAGAAACAACCUUGGCCAAGAGGCCCACAUAUCCACCCCUGCCCGAGGAACCCAAGGCUGAAAGAAAUCUUCUCUGCAGAGUAGGUGUGCGGCUUCCUGGUGGUCAACGUGUUCAGCGUAACUUCUUACGCACGGAUCCAAUUCAGCUGCUGUGGUCUUUCAUUUCUACUCAACUAGGGGAAGAUGAAACAAGGCCAUUUAGGCUAACACAUGCAAUUCCGGGAGCAUCUAAAAAUCUGGACUAUGAAAGUAAUUCAACCUUCCAGGAAUCAGGCCUUGCCAACUCUAUGAUUUCGGUGACUUGGGACUGAGUUCGUGUUCAUUACCAGACUGAGAACUUCAGAUUGGUGAUUCCCAUCAAUAUGAUCCCUUUUUCUUCUUUUAAUGAGGAUGUUUAUGUUCAAAGAAAAGGUUAUUAUUAACUCUUUGUGUAUAGACCAUGAAUCCGAAUGAUGGGUUAAACGAAGUUAAUGGAAAUAUAUUAACGUUGUUAAUA